AUGAUUCAUCGACUUUACCUCCAAACCGCUGUACUUUUGAUCCUUGCACGAAGGGUUAUAGGUUCCCCCGUACAUCCAUCAGAAGAUAUAUCAGGAUUUCAAUCGGAUACAGUAGUUGUUGAUGCGCAAUCCCAGAAUGACAUUGGGCAAUAUGAAUCUAUUCCAACGAUAUUGAAUCCACAAUAUGAGAAAGGUUAUGAAGUAGAACAAGAACAAGAACAGGAGACUAUGUACGAUUUAUGUGAGGAUAUCAUACUUCCUCAAUCCAAUCACGAUCCCACCGACCCAGAGGUAAACGAUCAACUCAUCCACCUCGAAGAGGAUCGUGAUCGUGAUCCAAUGUUUCAAGGACAGAGAUUAUGUAAAAGACCAUCUGGUGGUUCUUCAUCUUCCUCUUCAAGCAGCAGUAGUAGUAGUGGAAGUAGAGGUGGCUCUUCAUCAAGUUCAGGAUCCAGUUCCAGCUCUAAUUCGGGCUCUGGAUCAAGUGGUUCUAGAGGUGGUACUUCCGGUUCCAACACUGGCUCGGGAUCAGGAUCAAAUAGGAAUACCGGUACGGGAAGUGGUAUUAGAGGAGGUACAGGUACGGGUACUACCAAUGAUGGUGAUACGGAUGGUGAUGGGGCGGCUGAUUCCGGGUCGGGUACUGGGACUGGAGGGAACACAGUAGCCAAUGGUAAUUCUGGUCAGACCACUGGUGGAAGAGCUACGUCCGCUGGAGGGUCUGCGCCUGCUACGACAGUCAGUAACAGCGGAGGAGCAGCAACUAGUGUGGUGGCUGCUAAUCCCGCUACGAGCUCAAGGACCAGUAAUGCUCGACGGAACGUUCCCCUAAUGGGUUAUCCGAUAUCUGUGAUUAGUGUGGUUACGAUGUAUCUUCUAUCGUAG